AUGGACGGACCACUGCACCACUGCACCGUUGGGAGGGACAACUGGGACGAGGAGGCUCAAAGCAAUCGGGGGAAGAGAUACAUAGAGGGUAUUAUGAGCGACGAGUACUCCGCUGUACUCACAGGUGGAUUGUCGCUGAAGGGAGGGCUCUUCAAAAGCAAGAAAAAGAAGAAGGGGAAGCGUAAGCGGGAGGAGGCUGAAGCAGCCGCCCGGGCGCGGGAGGCUGCUAUUGAGGAUGAACGCAGCUCUGGAUCAGCGGCCGAUGGUGCUGAUGCUGGAGGGUCUGGGUCAGACGACGGCGCAAAGAAAGAGGGGGCUGGGGAAGGGAAUGAGCAAGCGGGGGAGGAGGUAGACGACAUGCUGACGCCAGCCCAACGGCGAUUCAGGAAGAAGCAGCUGGAACGCGAGGGGAAGAAGAUUCGAGGCAUGGUCGAGCAGACUCAUCGCGAACGAAUUGAAAACUUCAACGCCCUCCUUGCUUCGAUGACCGAGCACAACGACAUCCCGAGAUGCUCGGCUGCAGGCAACGGAUGAAAAACUGCCCCAAUCACCGUGAUAGUAGGUCUCCUGGCUCUCGAGAGAUACGUUUGUUGUGUCACCGGUGCUAGAUGCUGAGCAGAAAUCGUGCCCUGGCGAAGUCGCGGGCGGGCGUUGCGGACGUAAUUAGUUGCUUCAAGCAUCUCUCCUUGAGAUCCAGUUUAGAUCUGAUGGACUCUUGUUGCGAACGUGAAGCGAAUGUGUCCAAGGUCUUGUACAUACCAGCUGGAAAAACCGGAUCGUUCUUGUAUCAACAAACGGCAGAGACUAAUUGUGAGUAGACACCAUGCAGGCGACAGGAGAGCACCGCUGUUGUCGGGAAACCGCUUCUUUGUACGCAUUUUGGAGUUGGAAGGAAACCGCCAGUGAUGAAAAAUAAUUAGCUGUGUGGUUGAUCGACGUACACGCCCAAGUGGCUGAUACUGUUUCAGUGUACGCACAUGUAUUGUGUCCACUCACCAUAACACAACAGAGAUUGUGAAGGUCGUGCGAGUGACUCGCAGACUUCAAGUGACAUACAAUAGGACCUGGGAUUGCGUAGCGCGUCCACCUAAAACGUGUCUGUACACGAAGGUCAUUUUGAGGCUGCCUUUCGAGGCUACCACAGGCGGCACUGACACGAUCAAACGAACUGUUCCAACUGUGUGCUGUGACGCAGCCAAACGGUCCAACAAACGCACAUUCAAAGGCCUGAUCCCCGUAUACUGCUGGAGCUCGUGGUCCUCCCAUUGCAUACUUCAUAGCCCACUACACGUUACAUAUUUUAGAAAAACAAACUCUACUCCAAAAUAAGUAACGUUACAGCAGUAGUAGUGUCGGCUCCGACCCUUCGGCCCUAUUUCGUCAUCGCGUUGUACACGCGGUAGUCUAGAACUUUCCAGCAAGCGCCCUGACAGCCGCCUUGUCUGCCUU